UUUGUUUGCGUAUUUUCCAUUUUUUAGCUACUUUAAAAAUUUAAACAAUAAUAAAUCUGCUGAGUAUAUAUGAAUAUGUUUUAGGAAGGAUAUCGCUCCACAGGGCCGGGCCUAUAUCUGUUAUAUGAUGAAUACUAGUUUUGGGAUGAAGUUCUCUUUUCAAGGUCUAACGAUUAGGUCACCAUUAAGCCCGGGUAAAAUUCAAACCAAGAGUAAUACUCUUGAAUGUAGAAUUUGCGAUGAUCUAUUUGCACAGCAUGGUGAAAAAGUACCAAGAGUUUUAUCAUGUGGUCAUUCUAUUUGUCAUGAGUGCUUAAGUAAAUUACAGAAUGAGACAGUUGUUCAAUGUCCUUUUGAUAGAACAUCUACAAAUUUAGGAGAUGCUGGAAUUUGGGGAUUAAAGAAAAACUUUGCGCUAUUAGAACUUUUGGAAAGACUAGAACAGUUGAAAGAGUCAAAAGCACUUACAGAGUUUGUAGAUGAAGCAUGUGUAACAAAAUGUGAUGAAGAUGAUCGUCACCAAGCUGAUCUUUUUUGCACUGUAUGCUUAACAAAUCUUUGUAAUUUUUGUGCUAAAGAAACUCAUAAAUCUAGAACAUUGCUUCUUCACAAAAAAAUUCCUAUUAGUGAAAAACCACGUAUAAAUCCUCCAUGUUCAUUGCAUUGUGCUCACAUUUUAGAGUUUGCAUGCUUAGAAGAGUCUUGCCGUGAAAGCCCUUUAAUGUGUUAUAUAUGUAAAGAUUAUGGAGUUCAUAAAGGGCAUAAGCAUGUAUUAAUUGAAGAUGAAGCUGAAAACAUUAGAAAAUCUAUUCAAAAUGCACUACAACAUGUGAAAACGUUUUCUGCUGAAGUUACUGCUUUUUCAAGAAAGCUUGCUGAGAUAUCAGAAAAAAUUGAAGGUGGUGUCAGCAUAUCCUGCUCAAAUAAUGGAGAGGUAAUACAAAUACCGGUUAUUGGAAAUGCUGAAAUUGCAAGGUUGCGUAUUCGAGAGUAUUUUAAUGAAUUAAGGGAUACUAUUAGACAGCAAGAAAAUGAGGCUUUGUCAGUUGUUAACAGUUAUGUUCGUGAAAAUUUAUGUUCAAUACGACAACAACAAGAAGACAUGGCAGUUUUAAUUUCACAAAUUACUCAUGUUUGUUCUCAAUGUGAUCAAGCUCUAUUGCGAAGUGAUGCUGAGGUGAUUCAAGCAAGAGCAAAUAUUGUAAAUCUUCUUGAUGCAGUGCAGCAGCAACAGCAAUAUUUUACAGAGCUUUCAGAACUUUGCAAAGAAGAUCCUGAAAUCCCGUUUGCAUUUACAAAAGACAAUCGGGUGCACAUUGGACCAAAAAUGGAGAUGCGGGUUCUAGCUUUAGGUUUAGAUAAUGGUGGAAAGACAUCGAUUCUGUUCAAACUUAAGCAAAAUGAGUUUGUUUCAGCAAUCACAACAAUUGGAUUUAAUGUUGAGACUAUUGAGCAUAAAAGUGUUAAAUUUACGAUAUGGGAUGUUGGUGGUGUUCAAAAGCUGCGUCCAUUAUGGCGGCAUUACUACUUAAACACCCAAGCUGUGAUAUUCGUGAUUGAUAGUACGAACUUAGAACGAUUAUUUGAAGCACAAGAGGAAUUAACUAAACUUCUUGCAGAAAAAAGAUUGCAGGAUGCACUCAUAUUGAUAUAUGCUAACAAACAGGAUUUACCUAGUGCUCUAAGUCUUGAUGAUCUGCGUGAAAAAAUUGGAAUACAUCGACUUUGCUCAGGUCGCACUUGGACUUUAAUUGGUUGCAGUGCACAUACAGGAACAGGGUUAAAUGAAGGUUUAGACUGGUUGGCAAGACAGUUUUUGUCAGAAUUUGAUAAUUUAUCUUAAACUCCAAAUAAACUUUUGUUUUUUUUAUAUAUAUAUAUAUACUUGUAAA